GUAUGUGUAGGAUGAUGUACUGUAUUUUCUGAAACAGGUAAUAGAUUUGGGACACGGCCCUACAUGACCCCGCAUCUCCGUUGUGAAUCACGGUGGUGGGAACAUCUAAAGAUCUGAGGUUUCACCAUAAAAAAAAAACUUUGACUUGUCAUUAUGCAGGAGACACUUGGAAUCUUAUGCACAUUCAUUUAAAAGAUAUUUACUGAAUCGUUUCCUGAAGGAGCCUAGAACAAGGUCAUGGUUUGUAUUUGUGGCUAUAAGAUCCAGACCCUCGUGUGAUCUGCUGGCCUAGAAGAUCCCAAAACUCCAACCGUGGCCAUACAGGUCCAACAGAAAAUCCCAGAGUAAGAAAUAAGAAGCGUGUUGUUCUUCAGGAGUCAUGUAUCUGCAGACCUACUGAUCAUGUCCUGAGAUCGUCCUCAUCUUGUUCCAGAUUUUGGUCCAUGAAGCACAUAAAUCUAUAAACAGCGUGCAGACGAGUCUGAUACCCGCAAUGUUUAAAUGCAGCCGCCAGAGGGCGCACUAACACUGCACCAUUGGCCUCAGUACCGCAGAAUCAGACUGCUUUCUGAUCAAAGUGCGAUUUAUUUUAUUUUUUUCAGGUUAAAUUAAAAUUCUAAACUCUUCAUGAUUAUAUCAGUGAAAGCAGCUGAAGUUUGUCCUUAUAAGAAGGAAUUUCUGGAUGUAGAAUGUACUGGUGUUUUGUAAAUGAACUGGUGUUGGUGCUGGUCAGGAAUUUCAUGGUUCCUCAAAACUGCAUCAGAUGUUGAUUUUGAAUAUUUGUGUAAAUGAUGGUUGUAAUGUCACUGAGUCCAUGGUGUAAAAUCUCAACAUAUUCCACAUCAAUGAUGCUGAUUUUUAAUGAAGAACUAAUAAGGAACCACCUACUGGUGUUUCCUACUGCUUUGUUCAUGGGUCUGACGGUGUGUGUGUGUGUGUGUGUGUGUGUGUGUUUUUAUCACUCAGCAUCUCUCCACAAUCAGUGUGUGGUGCUGCUUUACUCCAGAGGUAAACCGAGAAAGAGGAACUCUACUUCCCAGAACACACCAUGGCCUACAAACAUGGCUACCAUCAACUCUAUAAUCAACACCAAGCCAUGCUGAUCUCACACACACACACCUGUUUCCAAUCACUUCCUCACACUAAUACACACUUUCAGAAUGACUCUCAGUAACAUGCCAGUUGUUCUCGCCUUUGGAUUUGAAUUUUGACCUUCAGUUGCCCUUGAGAUUGAGUAGAGAAGUUUCUUUUCCAAAGUUUGGUUGACAUUUUGUAUUUAUCUGCCAGCUUUAAUAAAAUUCUGAACUGCAGCUGCAUCAUUCACUCUGUGUGUGUGUGUGUGUGUGUGUGUGUGUGUGUGUGUGCUGUAAAAAAAUCCAGUUUAUAUGUUUAAUAACUGAUGAAACAACAAAGAGUUUCUUUUUAGUAAACAAAGUCCAGAAAGUGGUAUGAAGACGUCAUGUUGGAGUUCUUGGAGCAGUUCCUUCGUGCCUCAGGGCAGAAUUAAGCACAAACACAUGAUGCUUCAACUCGUGAUUUUCUCCAUGCGAUUAAAGGAAUGGAGGGAUGGAGGACUUUUCUCAUCUUUCUCUUCCUGUUGGUCAGUGGAAAAGCAACUGGAUUUUGGUUUUCUUCAGAUCGACGUUCUAACUUUAGACUUUCUGUGGUUUAAAACCUGCAGCUUUUUUUAUUUAUUAUUUUUUACACACUGACACAAAACAAAAGCAUGGCUUCUCCUCGCCUCGAGACCUUCUGCUGCCCGAACCGUGACGCUGCGACGGAUUUUAUCAUUAACUUCCAGCCCGUGUUCUUCACCGCGAUCUGUGCAGGAAGUGCCGGAUUGAGCACCAUCUUCUUUCUCCUGCAGAUUCUCCCUAAAAAGAGGGGGUACAGGAGAAUCACGACGUACCCGCUUCCAAAACCGGCUUCUUCAUCCAGGAUUCUGUUCAUCAUAAGUGUGUGUGAUGUUCUGGGAUGUGUGGGAAUCAUUAUAAGAUCUUCAGUGUGGCUCGGACUCCCAAACAUCAGCCAGCAGAUCUCAGUCACUAACAGCAGUAACGUGUGGCCUGAGGUUUUCUGCAUAGGCAGUGCUAUGUGGAUCCAGCUGUUCUUCAGUGCCUCCUUCUGGUGGACGUUCUGCUACGCCGUGGACGCGUUCCUGGUGGUCAAACGAUCAUCGGGCAUCAGCACCAUCGUCCUGUAUCACAUGAUCACUUGGGGUUUGGCGGUGCUGCUGUGUGUGGAAGGUGUAGCGAUGCUUUACUACCCCUCACUCUCAAGCUGUGAAAACGGUCUUCAGCACGCCGUCCCUCACUACGUCACCACUUACGCUCCGAUGCUCUUGGUGCUCCUAGUCAAUCCGAUCCUGUUCACACACACCGUCACAGCUGUUACUUCACUACUGAAAGGACGUCAAGGAAUUUACACAGAAAACGAGAGACGUUUAGGAGCAGAAAUCAAAAUACGCUUCUUCAAAAUUCUCCUGGUCUUUGUUAUCUGUUGGCUGCCAAACCUGAUCAACGAGAGUUUAUUAUUUUACCUGGAAAUGCAACCCGAUGUUCAGGCUGCUGAUCAAAAAAACAUCCGUAAUGCAGCUCUCAUCACCUGGUUCAUUAUGGGAAUUCUGAACCCCAUGCAGCCCUUCCUCAACACUCUGGCCUUCCACGGCUGGACAGGUUUAGACAUAGACCUGAGUCUGCAGAGACGGCGUGAGCUACCCUGGGAUUCUGCCUCCACCUCCAUAGUCGCAGCUGGAGGUUACAAUCCCAUGAUGCCGUCCACGCUGCUCUACCAAAGCCAUGUCCAGGAUGGAAAGAAGUUGACGGGGAAUGGACACCAAAUUUCUUCAGAUGCAGUCAGCAUCCUGUCUGAAAGUUCUGCGUCCAGCACACUUGAGAUCCACAUGUCCAGUGAAGAAGCAGAAUCAGGAGGGAUGGAGGAGACACAGAGGAGAUAAACGAAAGAGUCCUGGAGAACAUUUUGGAGAAUCUCUGCUGAAGUAAACAUGACAUGAACGUGAUCAUGAAGCUCAGCUCACAUCUUACUGUCCAUAAACACAUUCUGGUGUUACUGCCAGAAACCAAACACAUCAGAGGAUUCUGUAAAGUAAAGAAGUUCAAGAAGAAAAAAAGAUGCAGAGCCUGAAUGAGGAAGGAGAUGGAGAACUUUACACAAAUACACAAGACUCUUCAGCUAAAAGCUGUAACUUCAUUCCUACAAGAAUUUCUUUUAAACCUUCAAACCUUGUGGUCAAACCCACACUUUUUCACCGCAUUUUCAGAGAAGCCGCUAAAAACUGAAAGCUUUAACUCUAAUAAAAGACUGACACUAGA